AUGAAACCUAGGGUCAUUAAAAGAUUUUACGAACCUAUGGUGCUCUUCAAAGCCUUGACUAUGGGAAUGCUGGCCACAGCAACACAUAGUGAUCUUGAAGAGGAUUUGGAUCUUAAAGAUCCAAAGCAACUGUUUGAAGCAUUUGUCAACAAGCUAUGUUAUGUCUGUGACAAUGAAAAAGGCGAUGGGGGUGCUGCGAUAACAUCUUUUGUCGUGUUGCAACUUGAUGGUAUUGGCCCUAUACAAUAUGUUUUUGCUUGCAAUAAGCAGAGCGACAUCAACCUCCAAGCCACGGAAGGCUUUGUAAAGCAGCUUUUGGAGCUCAUUGGGAGCGAUACAAGGCGUAAGCUUCUUCUUCAACAUGUUCUUUGGAACAACAGGAAGAGAAUCCGUCUGCUUUUCCAAGUCGUUGUUGAAGAGACCUUGGAAUGCUUGACAAGGUGUUCAAAUGACCUUGAAUUUGCAAAACGGGAAUCUGUGCAAGGAUUAUUACACGAAAUGAUCAGAACGCUACCCGACGAUGGGCAGAUAUCGACAGACGAUAAAACUGAAUACCUAUCUGGCUGUGAUAGAUUGAUGAAGGCAUUGGACAAGUUUGAGCAGCAGUCACCGGCCAACGAAACUAUCACCCAAAUGUCUAAAGACAUUCGGAAAAGGGGGCAUAACUCAUCAAACGACUGCUGGCCGGAGAUGCUACAUGCGGUGAAGCGCACUUUGGCGUACCAAUCCUCAAUAGAGUUCUUCAAAAAAACUCACGCGGCGUUUCCAGAACUUUUUCAACGCUUCGAGGUUUCCUUCCUACCGUCAAGUACCCCUCUCCCUAAUAGCGAAAUCUGCCGAGUCAAGAGUUACCAGGCGGAAGGGAUUGUCAACAGGAUGACAAGAAGGGCGGAUUACCAUGAAAAGUUUAAACAACUUGUGAACGAUCUCCAGGUGUUUGAUCUGGAUAAAAGAAUACAGGCUGAGUACGAGAAGGCUAGCUUCCGGCCCAUCGUUCAUUCAGAAGCCCACCUCCAUGGCUGGCUGGGGAACACGCCGGGGGGAUUCUCCGAGUCGCGGUUCUUCAGAGGCUGGAAGUACAUUGGGAGCAGCAAGCCGACGUGCAAACUCUGCCAUUACUACUUCCAAGAGCAUGGAUCGGGCGUCGGCCAUCGAAUCUGCCACUCGAAUCUAUACCCGUGUUGGCGGCUCCCAGACGUCCCUGUUUCAGCCGGGACAGCAGGUGAACGAGACCGACAAGUGAUUUAUGAUCGAAUCAUCGAAAGAGUGCGCAGCGACGCCUUCGACAUCAUAGGGAAGAAGGCUGCGCCAAGAUAUAGAAUGCAUGAUUCGAAUACAUUCUCUGCAAGAAUGACGUUUGUGUACGAUCCUUCGACCACCGUAUCGGAUCUGGACGAGGUUUCAUCUCUGCUUGGGGAUCUCGAUAUCAAUGAAUAG